AAUUGCACAACAUCAACCCUCCACAAGUAAAAAAGAGAGGUCCCAAACCCUAGCGGAUCUUGUUUAUAGAGCACUCGCCAUUUUUCUUCACUUUUUGAUUACAUUCGAGAGAAGAUCUACCCCGAAACGACCCCCGCCCCCUCUCUCAUCUUUGUGAGAUCCUAGCUAGAUAAAACUAGCUCAACCAAGACUAACCGGAGAUACCAUCUGGUUGGAGACAUGGAUAAGGUGGCGAGGCUAGCAUCGCAGAAGGCCGUGGUGAUAUUCAGCAAGAGCUCGUGCUGCAUGUGCCAUGCAAUCAAGAGGCUGUUCUAUGAUCAGGGUGUGAGCCCUGCGAUCCACGAGCUUGAUGAGGACCCGCGCGGCAGGGAGAUGGAGCGGGCGCUGAUCAGGCUUGGGUGCAACCCUGCGGUCCCUGCGGUCUUCAUUGGAGGGAAGUUCGUCGGGUCUGCCAAUGCCGUCAUGACGCUUCAGCUCAAUGGCUCACUGAAGAAGAUGCUCAAGGACGCCGGAGCUUUGUGGCUCUAGCGAGAGAAGCUGGUGACUUGCUGCCAAAAAAUAAAAGUUUGCUUAUAGCUGGGAAAAUAAACUUAACAGUUAUAGCUAAACAUUUCAAUAUCUAAUUAUCGAUGUGUAAGACCCUUGCAUGUGCGGCUUUUAGUGGACACUGUAAGGAGAAGAUUAGAGAAAAUCAAUGAAGAGAAUGUCGGAUAAUCUUGCUGAUUUUGAUUAAGGGUCUUCAUUAUGAUA